AUGGAGGCCAGUGUGAAUGGGGACUUAAGCUGGGGGGAGUGGGGGUGGGGGAGCGGCGGGGGGAGGGGCAGGGGAAGGCGGGUGGUGCGGGACCGGUCGAUGGGGGGAAAGGAGGUGGUGGCGUCUGAGGGGUGGCGCAAGUGGUGGGAGGGGGUGGGCGGAGGGGGGGAGAGUGGGCGGGAUGGAGGGAAAGGGAUGGGUGUGAGAGAGGGGGGUGUGCGGAGGUGGAGGAGGGGAGGAGGGGCGAGGCAGAGAGGGGUGAGUCCGCUGGAUAUACCCGCGGAGACAUCGCGAUCGGAGAGAGAGCUGAGGGCGUUGGGGCUGCUGGCAGGGGAGGCGGGGAGUGGAGGGCGCGCGGGGAGACUGACUGGGCGGCAGGAGGAGCCGGCGUGGUGGAGGGAGGCGUGCAUUGGCGCAGCAGGGAUGGCCGCCUCGCCUGCUGUAGCGCCUGAUAUGCGCCUUCAGCUCUACACCUGGUCUCUCCCAACUCGUAUUCCCUACCCCCCCUUCCCCCUCCCUCCUCAGCUGUACACGGCGUAUCGUCGCAGUGGGGCCACGGUGGGCAUUGAUUCGGACAACAGCCGCGACGCGCUCUUCAGAGCUGCCAUCAACACCGCCUUCUCUGCCGCUGCCGGGUGGGUGCACUCCUCUCUCAUCCCUUCUCUACCGCCACCAGGUCACUGCAUGCCUCCUUCGCCUCCUUCACCUCACCCCUUCGCCUCCUUCGCCUCCCAUGGCCACCAGUCUCCCCUGUUAGAUGCAGACCCCCCAUUAACGCCACUGCCAAUGCUGCUGUUGGGGAUGAUCUCUUUCUCCCCGCCUAGAAUGAAAGAUGCCACUCCGCCCCUCCUUCACCUCCUUGCACACGCCCCACUCAUGCUCCCCACUCAUGCUCCCCACUCAUGCUCCCCACUCAUGCUCCCCACUCAUGCUUCCCACUCAUGCUCCCCCGCAUGCGGCAUAGCCACCCUUCCACGACCUUUCUUCCUGCCAUUCCCACACUGCUCGGACAUCCCACUCUUCCUCGCCUGCCUGGCAGCAGCCGUCCGUCUGCCCUCUCCCCGCGCGCUCACCAUGGUGCUCGCCGCCCUCGCUGCCCGCACCCGCUCCUCCUUCCUGCAGGCCUGGGCACUGGUGAAGCAGAAUCGGCGCAGUGAGGCAGAGGAGGAGCUUCAACGCCUUGCCAGCAUCGCCACCACCCUGCCCCCUCCUCCCAACUCGGCAGAAAUGGAGACGGUGGUGGCCAAUACCACCACACUCAAAUCCUCAUCCCCCAUCUCUGACGCCUCUACCCACUCGUCCCUCCAAUCCCCCAUCUCUGACGCCUCUACCCACUCGUCCCUCCAAUCCCCCCUCUCUGACGCCUCUACCCACUCGUCCCUCCAAUCCCCCCUCUCUGACGCCUCUACCCACUCGUCCCUCCAAUCCCCCAUCUCUGACGCCUCUACCCACUCGUCCCUCCAAUCCCCCAUCUCUGACGCCUCUACCCACUCGUCCCUCUAA